AUGUCCAAACCACACCUCGCCGACCACCUCCAACUCGCCGAGCUAGGCCAUGCUCAAUCCUUCCAACGCCAAUUCUCAAAAUGGUCUAUGCUCGGUCUCUCCUUCGCCAUCUUGAAUACAUGGGCAGCGUUAGCAGCUGGGCUGUCUUUCGCGCUCCCAUCAGGUGGACCCACUGCCGUCCUCUGGGGUUUCAUCACGGCGGGAGUAUGCAACCUCAGCCUAGCUGCGUCUCUCGCAGAGUUCCUGUCGGCAUAUCCCACAGCAGGCGGACAGUACCAUUGGGUCGCUGUGAUGUCUCCUCCGUCCCUGAAGCGAGGGCUGAGCUGGGUGACGGGAUGGGUCAAUCUGGCUGGAUGGGUAGCGUUGGUGGCAACCAAUGGAGUGAUCGAAUCGAGCAUUAUCUUGUAUAUUGCGCAGUUGGAGCAUCCGGGCUAUGAGCCGAAGCGGUGGCAUCAAUUUUUGAUUUAUAUUGGGGCUACGUUGAUCACGUUCGCGAUCAAUGCGUUCGGAAAUAGGCUCUUGCCGGUGGUCAAUCAGGUUGCUUUGAUCUGGUCCAUUGCUGGCUUCAUCAUCAUCUCGAUCGCAGUCCUGGCAUGUGCAGCUCCUGAUUAUGCCACCGCGGAGUAUGUCUUCACCAACUUCACCAACUCGACAGGCUGGCCUGAUGGUCUGGCGUGGCUGCUUGGUCUGUUGCAGGGCGCGUUGUCUUUGACAGGUUUCGAUGCUGUAGCACACAUGAUCGAAGAGAUUCCCAACGCCGCCAUCGAAGGCCCGAAGAUCAUGCUCUACUGCCAAUAUAUCGGCAUUUCCACCGGCUUCAUCUUCCUUAUCGCUGUUUUGUUCGCAUCAGGAGGCGAAGCAAACCUCGAAACCAUCAUCUCUUCAGCCUACGGCCCUCUGCUCCAGAUUCUGUACAUCGCCACAUCGAGUAGAGCAGGCACGAUCUGCUUGCUCAUGUUCCCAUUGCUCUGCUUCCUCUUUGCUGGCACCUCGGUCCUCACGACAUCGUCGCGAAUGACUUUCGCUUUCGCACGGGAUGGAGGGUUGCCGUUAAGUCGGUUCUGGUGGAAGAUGCAUCCGACCUUGGACGUACCACUCAACGCGCUACUCCUCAAUGUGGUGAUUGUCAUCAUCUUCGGCUGCAUUUUCCUGGGUAGCAGUGUGGCCUUCAAUGCCAUCACUGCUGCGUCUGUUGUGGCUCUGGGCGUGAGCUACGGAAUUCCUGUCGCGGUCAAUCUCUUCCAGGGCCGCAAGAAGCUGCCAGAGCGGGCUUUUGCGUUACCAGAGUGGUUGGGCUGGACGGUCAACAUUAUCGGACUGGCCUAUACAGUCUUGACGACUGUUCUAUUCGUCUUCCCGCCAUUCAUACCUGUCACAGGAUCGACGAUGAACUACUGCAUAGUGGCCUUCGCCAUCAUCCUACUGAUUAGUGUUGUGCAAUGGUUUACAGACGGUAGAAAGAACUAUCAAGGACCUAGAGUGACGAUCCAGGGAGUGGUACCGACUGACGUGGCAGACGGCGAGGUCGAGUGGGUAGGGAAGAUGUAA